AUGAGAUUCUUACUCACAAUCAUCUCUCUCGCCACUUUGGCAACAGCUGGAGUCAUCUUCAGCCCGGAUGCUCCAACCGAGGCUCGCAAGGUCGAGAUGACUGCCCUCGAGGCCCGCGCUGAUAUUGUCUCCAUCCAGUAUUGCAAGGAGAAAAACUACGCUGAUUGUGAGACUCGCAACUCUUUCUCGGGAGAUUGUGUAAGCCUUUCGCCGGAUUUCAAUGACCGGACUCAAUCCGUAGUUGUUCCAGCUAAUACCAUUUGCGUUUUCUGGGAUAAAUAUUCGUGCCAGAAGGAUCAUACGGGCACUUUCCAGAGCCAAGCAAAGCCUGAUAUGAAAAACUGGAACAAUAAGAUUAGCUCUUACCGCUGCUGUGCCGGAACCAAGUGGUGUGGGGACGGACUCUAAGUCAAGAUGCAAUUUUUCAAGGCACGCGGGGCCAGUUCGAAAUGGCGAAGGGAUGUGAGCCAAGUUGAAGGGGGCUGGUUCAGCGAAGAAGAAAAGCUGUUAAGUGUUAGGUAGAAAUAAGUCAACG